AUGGCAGCCUCAGUGUCCGCCUCCACCUCGAUUUCCCACCCCCUUCAGGCCGAUUCCCGUCCGGGGCCCUUUCGCCGCCUGAGCCAACUGCGUGCCUAUACCCAAACUCAUUUUUCCACUCCCCACUCCUCGACCUCUUCCUCGAAUUCUUCAGUACCCAACCCCCAACCGCGCCCUCGCCGCCACACUCACAGUAUCAGCGGCCGUCGACUGUCUUGGUUUUCUUCUCACACCACCACGCGCAUCGACUCCGCUCAACCGACAACCACGGAUCCGAGCCCGUGCCCUGAACCUCGUGCUGCACGAUCCAGACCAAAUCGGUACAGCGCAAUUCUAUUUCCAACUUCUCGCGGGCUCGAGAUUGACCUGCGAUCGGAUACUCAACCGUCUGAUUCUUCGGCCUCGAACUCUUCGUCAGAGUCUUCGCGGCGACCGACACCCCCGACACCUGGGACACCUCCGACACCUGGGACACCUCCGACACCUGAAGUCAUGGGCAGGCUGAGAACGUUAUCGCAACCCCAUCAAGACUCGCAACGCGAGCAAUCAUCCAGUGCGCCGGUGCCGACUACCAUACCUAACGCAGCGCUUGACUCUCCGGACCCAGUCAUCGCUACUAGCAGCACACCGUCCGGUUCAAAGUCGAAAAGCGGAGCGACUAUUCGUUUUUACCCUCAUCAAGACCCGAGUCAAAGCACCCGCCCAUCCUUGCCAUUUAUUCCUGUGUCGCGAACGCUUCCGUCUGAUACCUGCAACAUUCGCGUUGGCCGCUACUCUGAGCGAGAUGGGCUUCCUCUGCCCAACCCCAGCGAACCGUCGGACGCCCCUGUCGGAUUCAAGUCGAAAGUUGUGAGCCGAAAACAUUGUGAAUUUAUAUACAUGAAUGGCCAGUGGCACAUCAAGGAUGUGGGAAGUUCGUCUGGGACGUUUCUAAACCACAUGAGACUAAGUCAGCCCGGCAUGCCGUCUCGAUUGUACACCAUCAAGGACGGGGAUAUUGUGCAGCUUGGAAUCGACUUCCGCGGUGGGGAGGAGAUGAUUUUUCGCUGUGUUCGCAUUAGGGUCGAGUGCAACAGAUCUUGGCAGCAGCAGCCGAACGAAUUCAACAAAAACACCGAGAGCCUCAUCAAGAACUUGGGCAAGGGUGACACCGCUGAUUAUUCUGGAUGCCGGGAAUGUUCUAUCUGUCUAGGCUCAGUCUUGAGGCCUUACCAGUGUCUCUUCAUGGCGGCCUGCGCUCACGUAUGGCAUUACAAAUGCGUUAGUCGCUUGAUCCAUACCCCGGACUACCCAAUGUUCCAGUGUCCGAACUGUCGCGCUUAUACAGACCUCACUGCUGAGGUCGACGAUUCGAACGACUAUGAGGCUGAAAGCGCGAAUCAGCAGAAUUCGAACAGCAAGAAAGAGCCCGCGGAGGAUGUACACUCAACGACAUGCUCUCCACAACUGGGAACAAGUUGUACGUCCAAUGCUUCGCGCAGUAGCGAAGACCGCCGGACCCCCGAAAUACCCGCCGACAACCUGGUUGCCCACGUUGAAAGCAUGCAUCUCGCCGACGGUAAUCCGCCAAUGCAGACCCCAGAAAGCGUAACAUCAGCGCCGAAUUCCAAUAUUGAUGUUCUCGGGUUAGAGUCACUGACUCAGUCGUCUACCACGGUUCCGUCAAGACAGGAAGAAUUGCGGGUGGAUACCCCUAUGCGCUCAGAAUCUUCAGACGAGAACCCCUUAACACCUCGAAAUGAUUCUGGUCCUCUAGCAUUUGAUGGCCGGGCCUCGAUGUCAGAGGACCGUCCGCUUUAA